AUGUCGGCACAAUUCGAACUUCCCCGCGAUGGCGUCACCAGAAUAAUGGCGGCGCCCCCGCGGCUCAAUCUGAGAAGGGCUGCUUCCUAUCAGAACGACAAAGGGCCCCUCUCGUCCACAUCCUCUCGCUUCAACUUCAACCAUCUGGUCUUCUCCCCACCACCAUCGCCAGGCUUACCGCCUCCGCUUGUCACGCGGCCUCGGAAGCUGUCCAAUGCCCCCAGGCCUAGCCGAGUCUUCCGUUUCGUCUUUUGGGUCGCCAGCCUCGUCGCCUUUUUGUACGUCGCCAGCCUUUUCGCUCGGCGGUUUGUAGGUCACGUUCCAUCGGUGAUGAGCUGGGCGAUAGAGAGCCAGGAUGAGUAUGAAAUGGUCGGCCAGGAUGAGCUGCCCGACUUUCCAACGCCAAUUGCCGUCACCGACGUGCAUGGCAGAUCAAAGUGGACUGUCUCGAUACCGCCCACACACACCUUCCCACUCAGCGUCCAAGAGUACGCAGACAUGUGUGCACAGUGCCAUGAGGUGGCUGUUCAUGUCCGAGAGCUUCAUGGUGAAAGCACGUCCAAGCAGCAGGCUCGCGCGAGCUACUACUACCGGGACCCGUAUUUUGUCGAUGUGGGCGAGGCAGAAUCCCAUGGCCUCCUUCCUGGCUUCAGCAAGACUUCUAAGGCCACCGGAAGGUCUCUGGCAAAACCCCUGAUUGGAGAGUCAUGGGAUUACAUGGUGGAAAAACCCGCCUGCAAGACCUCCCUCACCUUCGUUCUUGAGUCUGCCGAUGGCGGCCUUGGCACCACUCUGAUGCUGCUUUGGAUGGCAUAUGGUUUGGCCCAAAAGGAGGGUCGAGCCUUCUUCAUUGACGACACUCGAUGGGCGUACGGGCGAUACACAGAAAUGUUUCAACCACCACCUCCUGCCGAUUGUGUUCCCCCACCGCGGCACGAAAUGCUGCCUUGCCCACACGGCGCUCGCCAUCUGGUUGUGUCAGCGGGUACAGCGCGGGACACGUUCGGACCUGCCUUCACGGCUCAAUUCGAAGACGUCCGACAGGACAGCAUCGAAAGGGAACGACCGUUAUUCAACCUCGCGCGCGUAGGGUAUGAGGCACUCUUCCGCAUCAACAAGGACGAUAGGCCAUAUGUCAUGGAGAGAAUCGAGGAACUCAAGCUCAAGACAACCCAUGGCACCAACGGCGAUGCCGCCAACAGCACCAUCAUUGGUGUCCACGUCCGGCAUGGUGACGUACACCCCGUGGAGUACCAAUACAAUGGCGCCUACAUUCCCCUCACCAUCUACAAAGAGAGGAUCCAGCAGGCAGCUGUCGCGCAGCAUAACCGCGCGAUGCCCGAAUCCGUGGAACCAGCCCCUGCGCCUCUGGUAGUGCUGGCCUCGGACGACCCGAGGGUGUUUGAGUCGGAAGAGUUUUCUGGGGUUAUUCGUGCGCAGGAACGUAUCAAGCUUGCAGGCAAAGUGCCUGUCGUCCAACCAGUCCUCGACAAGUCCGUCAUGCACCCAUUCAAAGAAGAGGCUGUUGGCUGGGAAGGUGGUUUCUUCCGUGUCAUGUUUUGGAACCUCGGUCGCCCAUCCAUUGCCAGCAAGCAGACUCAGAUCAGCCUAGCCCCCGAGGCGACGAAACUACGAGCCUUCAUUGGGAGGGCUUACGUCAUGGACCUCGCGGUGCUUGGUGCAACCAGUGAUGUGAUGGUGUGCACCAUCAGUGCGAUGGGCUGCCGCCUCCUCGCUGUCAUGAUGGGCUGGGAAAAGGCCAUGGUCAAGGAGCAGUGGGUCAACAUCGACGGUGACUAUAGCUGGGUUGCCUUAUAA